AUGCUGCAACUUGCUGCUGCACAGAGGAUGAACACAGAUGCAAGAAGGGCAAUCUUUUGUAUAAUAAUGAGUGGGGAGGACUACAUUGAUGCUUUUGCAAAACUUUUGAGGUUGGAUUUGCCAGGGAAGCAGNAUAGAGAAAUCAUGCGAGUUCUAGUGGAUUGCUGCCUACACGAGAAAGUCUUUAACAAGUACUAUUGUGUUCUGGCUUCCAAGUUGUGCAGCCAUGACAAAAACCACAAGUUUACUUUACAGUACUGCUUAUGGGACCAUUUCAAAGAAUUGGAGUCGAUGCAGCUGAUUAGAUCAAUGCACUUAUCAAAAUUUGUUGCCGAGCUGUUUGCGUCUUUUAGCCUCUCUCUUGCUGUCUUGAAGGCUGUGGAUCUAAGUGACACCAGACAACUAACUUCAAAAAAGAUUAUGCAUUUUCGAUUGCUAUUUGAGGCCGUCUUUGAGUUUCUAGAUAGGCUUGUUUGGAACAUAUUCAGGCGCAUAGCUGUCACCCCCGAGUACGAAACACUUCAAAACGGAAUCGUGUUCUUCAUCAGCAAGUAUGUUGUGAGUGACCAAAAAUCCACAGGAGAAAAAUUUAAGAUUGCAAAGAGAGCUCUUAACAAUAUUGAAGGAGUUAUCCUGAGUUUGGUGAUCUGA